CUCGAAUCACUCGAUCUAUACUGCAGGCAGCAAACUGUACUAACGUCAUGGAUGUGAUAAUGAAGAAGCUCGUCUACUACACUGGUAACUACACCACCCACGUACGCCCUAAGCAGGAGAAUGAGGUGAAUCAGAUGAAGGCAUACCACCGUCAGCAAGAAGAAAUAGCCCACAUCAAAAAUUCAUCGCUUCCGCUGGUACAUAUGCCAACCUCGUGAAGCAGGCUAAGUCGAAACCAAAACUUAUCAACAAGAUGGAGGCGGCGGG